ACUGGCUGUGUGACCGCCUGCGCUGCAGGACACAGAGGGGUCGUGGCAAAGUCUGGGUGGAGGAGAUUCAGUUCUAGAGGCGCCUGCGAGCAGUUACCGCUUACCUCAGAAUAGCCGAACGGGAUUCCAGGGACCACUUCUCUGUUCAGGUUAGUGAAGAUGGCAGACCAGAGGCAACGUUCGCUGUCUACCUCUGGAGAAUCGUUAUACCAUGUGCUAGGACUGGACAAGAAUGCUACUUCUGAUGAUAUCAAAAAGUCAUACAGAAAACUUGCGUUGAAAUAUCAUCCUGAUAAAAACCCCGAUAAUCCAGAGGCAGCAGAAAAGUUUAAAGAGAUCAAUAAUGCGCAUGCGAUACUGACCGACGCGACGAAGCGAAACAUUUAUGAUAAGUACGGUUCUCUGGGCCUGUACGUAGCAGAGCAGUUUGGCGAAGAAAAUGUGAACACGUAUUUCGUCCUCUCCAGCUGGUGGGCAAAGGCCCUGUUUGUGUUCUGUGGGCUCAUCACAGGCUGCUAUUGCUGUUGCUGUCUGUGCUGCUGCUGUAAUUGCUGCUGUGGGAAGUGUAAACCUAAACCUCCCGAAGGCGAAGAACAGGAAUACUACGUCUCUCCAGAGGACUUGGAGGCACAGUUGCAGUCAGAUGAAAGGGAGGCCUCAGACGCACCUAUCGUGAUACAGCCAGCAUCAGCCACAGAGACGACCCAGCUCACAGCUGACUCUCACCCCAGCUACCACACUGAUGGAUUUAAUUAAGUUAAGGAAACACUGUCGUUAGAGUGGAUAAAAAAAUUACAUGGCCAACUCAACACUAGAAUCAUGAACAUUAGAAGUAGAGAAUGGGGAGGGGGAAAAAAUUCUGCCAGAGUAAGAAGGCAGCUUUCCAACCUGCCGAGAAUAUUUUGUAAUCCCUUCAGCCUUUUGUCACCUUUCAGUGUCGUAUCUUGAUGAUACGUGAAGUGCUGUAGCAUGCAGUAUUUAAAGCAGUUUAGCUACGGUUUUAUGUUUUCUUUCUCUUUUUUUUUUUUUAUAGCAUGUAUGGAGUUAUGUUAAAUGUCUGUGGUGUAAAUGUAUUGAGUUGUCACAGUAUGUGUGAGGGAGACAUUCUGCAUUUUAAGCAGUCGUACUGGCCUAAAAAUGAGAUUUAAAAAGAAAAAAAGUUUCAUAGAAGCCACCAUUUUUUCAUACAGCCAAGCUGUCAAAGACCUUUAAAAGUUCAUGAUUUUCAUUUGGGUGCAGCAAGCCAAUUCUCCUCUUCCUGCGUUGUUGUCUAAGCAAGUUUACAAAGCCAAGAACCAAAAAACCGCCAGUCCUGCAGAGCUGGAAUUCUCGUUAAUGCUGGUUUUCAGCUUAAAUAAAUCUACCUUGAAAAAUGAAAAGGGAGAGUUUCCAGUCUUUGAGCAGCUAAAUUGGUGAACACCUCCUUAUGCGUCAGGGUUAUCCUCAGUGUCAGCGGAACCACGAGCUGUAGUUUGUCACAAAAGCGACUGUGGACGGGUUUCUGUGGUGGUGGCGGUGCGAUUUGAACUGCAAGCACAAUUCUGUUUGGGUUUGACUGAAAUGCUGGAGACCAAAUAGUGCAGCUGCUCUGAAUGCAUGAGAAUCUUAAAGUGAACCUGGUUCAUUGGCGUGCGCCGAGCAAGUGGAUAAAAUCCAGACGGCAGGCGACAGCGUCAAUGCUAAAAAAAGAAAUUAAUAAUUGGCUUUUAAAUUUUUCUCCAAUAUUCGGGGAUGCUACUAGACAAAUGGGGUAUUAGGUCUUUUUAAAAGCUUUUUAUAAUCCAUUAGCCCUUUAAUUUUCUCAUGAGCAUCUUUGUGGAGCACUUCAACGGCUUUUGAAGAACAAUCCACCUUUCUUGGUGUUUGUAUUGUAUCGUUUGCACGUUGUCUCGCGUUUAGACUUGUUUACACCAUUGUUUUUCUUUUCCUCGGAACAACGGUGGGGAAACCAUUGAGAGGUUUCCUGUACUGCUUUGAAGCCAAUUAUGUUUGAAUUCUUCUCUUGAAACUGUGCUUGACUGAGAUUUGUUGAACUGUUAGGGAGGGGCUUUGGCUGCCGGGUCGCUGCUGCGUUUUGUUGUUGAUUCUCUUGGUUUAGGUGAUACAGAGCCGGGAUCUAGAGCAGCUACCGGUAAGCCUCCGUGUGGCGCUUCUAGCAGUUAAUUACAGCCUCGUUAAUUCUGCUCUUCGUGGUUUUAUAUCACAACGCCUCUCCUGUCCUUUGUACCCCCCCUCUCCCCUUUCAUUUUUCCCCUGUUUCUGUCCGGAGGCUAUUUUCAGCCUCCCGUCCGGGGUUUGCUUUGAAGGCCUCUCAUGCUGCUCUACGAGGUCCAGGCGUUACGAACGGCGUAAAAAA